CCUGCUCCUGCGCAGGUUCGUGGUGCAGCUGCUGGAGUCGCGUCGGCGCCGGGGCCGCGGCGCUGCUCUGCCCUUCCGGCCCGAGGGGGCCGCGGGGCCUCACGCCAGCCCGGUUUCUCCCCCCUGUCCCUCCCCUCAGCGGGUAAACAAACACCGGCGCGUGACCCGAGCGACUCAAAAACAGCCUCCCCUAGUCGGAAGAGUAGUUUCCUCCCGUCCCUUUCCGUAACCUUCACGGCCAGCGCCUCUCGGAGCUCCUUGCAAUCACUCCCUCGCUCAAACAGGAGAUUGGGGUUGCGGGCGGCCCCACAAAACACCUACUUGUAUGUAGCAAACUACGGAAAGGGAGGAAUACGGCAAGACGUAAGUUUCUUUCUCCGCCACCUUGACCCCAGGGCACGCACUGUGAAGCGUUUUUGUAUUCUUUCCAAAAAUGUUCUUUAGGCACGUUAGGGAUGUCUUCAAACAAACAAGGAAACAUUUGGCAGCAAUUCGUUGUCGCGCAUCUCGCUUUUCAGUGCCUCGAACGUCCGCGUCGGGCGGCAGGUGGCGGCGCGAUGGACCUGGCCGGGCUCCUGCGGGACGAAGAGGGCACCUUCUGCCUCACCGGCUUCCAGGACUUCACGUUCCUCCCAGGACACCAGAAACUGAGUGCUCGGAUCCGAAGGAGACUCUACUAUGGCUGGGACUGGGAAGCUGACUGCAGCUUGGAGGAGCUCUCCAGCCCCGUGGCAGACAUUGCUGUGGAACUGCUCCAGAAGGCAGCCCCCAGCCCUAUUCGUCGACUCCAGAAGAAAUACGUAGCUCAUGUGUCCAGGGAGGCGUGCAUCUCCCCAUGUGCUAUGAUGCUUGCCCUGGUGUACAUUGAGCGGCUCCGGCAUCGAAACCCAGGCUACCUACAGCAUGUGUCAUCCUCUGACUUGUUCCUGAUCUCCAUGAUGGUGGCCAGUAAGUACCUCUAUGAUGAAGGGGAGGAGGAGGAGGUCUUCAACGAUGAAUGGGGAGCGGCAGGGGGCGUGGCCGUGCCCACUCUCAACGCCCUGGAGCGGGGCUUCCUGAGUGCCAUGGAUUGGCGUCUCUAUACUGAUCCUCGGGAGAUCUUUGAGGUGCUGAGCUGGCUGGAGAGCUGUGUGGCUGAGCAGCAGGGACGGCGGCGGGGCUGGUAUACCUACACAGACCUGUGUGUGCUGCUGGAGCAACCAGCCUGGCAGUUGGCCCUGGGCUCCCUCUGCCAGCGCCUGGCAAAGCUGUCCUGCCUGUUGGCUAUGGCAUAUGUGAGCAGUGUGGCCCUGGCGGUGGCAUCGGUGGCCGUAAUUCAUCAGUCCUUGGGGCUGUCCUGCAGCCCCUCCCCAGGCCCCCCCGACCUUGGACUGGUCUCCAGGUGCCUCUUGGAACCCUGCCUACCUUCUUCUGUGCCACAGUGCCUGCCGCGUCCCGUUAAUGUCUCCAGCUGCCUAGAUGGCGACACAGGGCUGCGUUCACUCUGGGGCAGUCUUCUGGCUUCACUGACACCUCCACCAUUGCCUCCCCCAGACCCUCCUGCCCCUCCCACUCUGCUCCAUAACUGUCUCCUCUGCCAGAAGCUCCAGAGAGAUACCCCAAGCUGCCACGCCUGCCACCACUCCAACCAUACAGUUCCCACUGGGCCCCCCAACCCUGGGUACCACUCCCGUAACCUGGCUCCCCCCUGGCCCUGGAGCCCAAUGCUCCCUCUGCUCCCCCAACCUCAGCAGUGUUCCCUUUUCAGUGUCAUGGAGCUAGCCCGUCUCAAGUCUUUCAUUUUCCCAGGCUAGGCGGGCCUCCGAGGAACACACUAAGAGGAUCUGGGAGUCCCUGAGAACCUGGAGGGGCAAAGCUUGAUUUAGAUCCUCUCUACCUCUCUGGGUCCUUGGCUGGUCCCUGUCCUCCUAGGCGAGGGAGCUUAAGGGGCUAUGGGGCCGAAGGACUGAAGGUCACUCACUCUCAGUGGCUGGCUGCUUGGCCAGGGCAGUGAUGAUACCAGGGAAGGCUGCAGGUUGGUGACCAGGGCCAUGUCACGACCAGGGCCUUGUCACAGCCAGACCAAGAAGAUUCCUUGUCUCUCUACCUCCCUCGGUUCUAAACUUUGGCUUUUAAGGAUGGAAGGGGAAAAGUGGGGUGAGGGAGGGAGGAAAAGUUGACUGGGGGCCUGUGUGAUGUCCCUGAAGCAGGAGAGUCAGGGACUGAUAGGGCCAAGGUGGAUCUGCCGGGGGAAGCCGGGGUGAGGUGGGGAACCCUCUCCACACCCAUCCCUCGGAUGUAGCCUCAAGGAGCCAGGGACUGCUGGGACCUUCGGCCUUUCCCUUUUGUCUUCCAACCUCUUCUUAGUACCUUGCUCCUGGGCUUCCCCUCUUCCCCUGGUUCUUCUCCUGGGUGUUCUCUUCACAGGCCUCUGUGGCCACUGCUUUGUAUCUGGGUUUUUCACGCUUUUGUAGAACUGAGGUUUCAAUAAACAGUUUCAGUUGCA